GUCACGUGAUAACCUUUCACCUGAGGUCAUCAGUGGCGUUCCGGAUGCAGCUGCGACACACAAAAAGAUGAGGGAUUUAUUUACAUGAGAGUUUCUAAUGCUGCCGAGAGGGGAUUGGAGCAGAAGAAAGAAAAGGAGCUGCUAAGGAUGCUGAAGGCAGUAGAUCUCUGACUAGCUGAGCACAACAGAUGGACAUAACCUAUGACCUGGAUUUCUGCAAGCAAUCACUGCCUAUUGUGUUUAUCUGUCACGACUGAGCCUGCAGAAACAGAAGAACAGGAGAACUGUGGUCUCUUCAGCUGUAAUCAGGUGAUUUAGCGCCGCCAGUCUCAAGCAGGUGUCCAACAUGGCGAUCACGGGGAGCGGAUCUCUCGCUAUUUCUCUCUGUGUUUUCGUGAUUUCGGCGGCGUUUCUACAGAAAGGAGCUGCUGAAAUCGUGACAGUCGAAGGUCAGAACCUGGCGACGGACAAUGUGUCUGUGAUUGAGGGGGAAAUGGCAACAAUCAGCUGCAGAGUGAAGAACAAUGACGACUCGGUCAUCCAGCUGCUGAACCCAAACAGACAGACCAUCUACUUCAAAGAUGUUAGACCUCUGAAGGACAGCCGGUUCCAGCUGGUGAAUUUCUCUGACAACGAACUGCGGGUGUCUCUGUCCAAUGUGUCACUCUCCGACGAGGGACGCUACGUGUGCCAGCUCUACACGGAUCCUCCUCAGGAAGCCUACGCAGACAUCACUGUCCUGGUCCCGCCAGGCAGCCCAAUCAUCGAAACCCGCGAGGACGUGGUCAGCGAGGGGAACGAGACGGAGCUCACCUGCACGGCUAUGGGCAGCAAGCCAGCUGCUUCCAUCAGAUGGAUGAAAGGGGAGGAAGAACUGACAGGUGAAUCCACAGUAGAGGAGACGUAUGACAGGAUGUUUACUGUCACCAGCCGGGUGAGUUUUUUUGUCACCAAAGAGGAUGAUGGAGUGCCGGUGGACUGCAUCAUUGACCACCCAGCUGCGAAGGACCUCCUGGCUCAAAGAAACCUGGAAGUACUAUAUAAACCAGAAGUGAAGAUUGUUGUGACAUAUCCUGAAGGUUUACCCAGAGAGGGUGACAGUCUAGAUUUGACGUGUAUCGCAGAAGGAAAACCACACCCCCAUCAGAUCAACUGGCUGAGAGUGGACGAGGAUGUGCCGCCUCACGCCGUCGUCACCGGCUCUGACCUCUACAUCGAGAACCUCAACAAAUCCUACAACGGCACCUAUCGCUGCGUGGCGUCCAAUGCAGUGGGAGAAGCAUACGACGACUACGUCCUCUUUGUAUAUGAUGCUCCCACCACUAGCCCCACACCCACCACCAACCCAGUCAACACGCAAGACUCCAGAGCCGGCGAGGGGGCACCACAGAAAAUUGACCAUGCUGUCAUCGGAGGAGUGGUUGCCGUGGUGAUGUUCGCCAUCCUCUGUGCGCUCAUUGUUCUUGGUCGAUACUUUGCCAGACACAAAGGGACUUACUUCACACAUGAAGCCAAAGGGGCGGACGACGCGGCCGACGCGGACACGGCCAUCAUCAACGCAGAGGGGGGACACAACAACACAGACGAGAAGAAGGAGUACUAUAUCUAAACUGGACAGGCCGGGAGAGACGGGUGGGGAUGCUGAAGGUGGUGGAGGUGGUGCUGUUGGAGCAUUUUGUCUAACUCUGGUUGGUCACGGGAAAGCUCAGUGAGCGAGGAGGGUGAGAUUUAAAGAGGAUGAGAAGAAAGUGAAAAGUGGGACUGGCAUGGCCAAGUGGUAAGAAGAAGUGUUGCUGAGUCUCCUAUCCGACCCCUCCUGGACUGCUGGGGCCUAUUCUGUACAGUUCAAUUAUUUUACAGACUAUUUUGUGCCUUGUUCGAUUUAUUUUGUUUAUUUGGUUGUUUUUUUUUCUCCCCCCUUCACAUGCUUGUUGGAUUGGAUUAUUUUCAUUGUACUCCACCUGAUCCUCUGUUGCUUUAGGCUUUCAGAGGAAAUUAAAUGGGCCUGAUGUUUGUCUGUUUGUGCUGCAGCUAGCUUUUAGCCCAUGAAACCAGAUCAGAGGAGCCAGCUCAUCCAUGUUAUUAUUAUUAUUAUUAUUGUGAUUUUCAAUAUUAUUCUUAUUUUUGAAAUCAAUAAUCUCGAACACAGUGGCAACACAUUUCUGUCUGCUGGGUCAAAGACUACCAGUCCCUGCAAUUUCAUCACAUUUCCCCCCUUGCAGGUCUGAUUGGUUCACUUACCUUCUUCUCUAUCAUUUUUUAUUAUUAUAACCAUGAUUUUAUUUCUCAUUGUAGAAUGUAUUUGUUCCUAAAAGUGAAGUAGGAGUUGCUGAUAAGUAUCAUUACACACACAAACAACAACUGGUCUCUCAAUGGUUUCAAGUAAGCGUCAAACAAUAAGUAGAUGUGAGACCACUUCAGUAUUUUUAUAGAGUAAUAUGGAGUCUGGUUCUUUCUAAGACAUACUGACAGCUGUAAUGUGCCAUGGUAUAGAGUUACAGUUUCUACCACAAAAUCAGAACUCAUUUUUUAUUUAUAUACAAGGGUGGAAAUUUUAAGCAUCGCCUCGUUUUUCUUUGUUUUCUUCAGCUGAAAAUUGGAUUCUAAACAACAUUAAUUUGUUUGUUAAAAUAAUUACUUUGUGAUUCAAAGAUAUAGUAAGUUACUUUCUUGGCAAGUUUUGAUUAAAUGAUUAAUAAUAUAAUUAGAAGCGACCGCUAGUAGCCAGUUAGCUCAGCUCAGCGUAAUGACUUAAAAUGGUGGGAAACAGCUGACCUCGCUUUGUCCAAAGCCAAAAUAAAACAAAUCCCAACACAUCCUUCAUAAAAGGCAUUUUUUUCUAAUAGCAAAUAUUAAAAGGUGUUUAGAAAUAAACUUUUGAGCUAUUUGUAGGCUAAUCUUUUGCUUUCAAACACAGCCAGGUUUGCUGUUUCCCCUGGUUUCCCCUGUUUAUGCUUGGCUAAGCUAACAGUCUCGUGGUGGUAGUCCCCGGUUGCACACAGGCAGAGUUGAGAGUGGUGUUACCAUCUCACUUCACUCAAAGAAAAUCAAGUCAGAGGAUUUCCCCAAAAUGUCAAACAUUGACAGCAUUUGGAAUGAUUUAAGAAAUGAAUGUAUGAACCAAAACCAUGGCAGAAAGUUUUGCUGUAAUAAUUAAAAAGCUAAAAGACCUCCUGUUUGUUUGCUCUAGGGUAAGACCUUACUCUGCUAACACAUAAAACCCAAGGUACCUGAUCUGAAAGUCUUAUUCAGAUGUAUUAUUUGUUAUAUGUUGAUUUACCCUGCUGUGCGUGCUUUUGGUUUAAACAUAAAAUUCUUCAUAUUUUCAUACCACCCACACGGUCGACCCUGGACCAAACACCAAUUAUAUGAGUGUGCGCAGGUACACUAAAUAUUACUUGUAUUUAGUAAAGGCUCAAAUCCACUGUGCAGAGUGCUCCUCUCUAAAUGAUGUAGUUUUUAUUUGAUAAUACAGUGUAUUGACCAUGCAACUGCAAAUGUUACAAGGACAUCAGUUUAUUACACUUUAAAAAGUU